CUCUUUCCGCUUGCUUCUGUCUCAGCUCAGCCUCUGCUAACUGCUAGUCUGCUUGGCCCAUAAUACUCUCACACAAAGACAUUUGGUUUGGUUGGAGAUCGUUGAGAUGGGCAUCGUCGACGUUGUCUCAGAGUUCUGCUCCAUGCCGAGGACUCGCAGGCAUAUGAAGAAGAGGAAACAGUUCCAGACGGUUGAGAUGAAGGUGCGCAUCGACUGCGAAGGUUGUGAAAGGAAGAUCAAGAAGGCCCUAGAGGACAUGAAAGGCGUGAGCACUGUGGAGGUGACGGCGAAGCAGAACAAGGUGACGGUGACGGGGUACGUGGACGCCGGGAAGGUGAUGCGGCGCGUCGCCUACAAGACAGGCAAGCGGGUGGAGCCGUGGCCAUACGUGCCGUACGACACGGUGGCGCACCCCUACGCGCCGGGCGCCUACGACAAGAAGGCGCCGGCGGGGUACGUGCGCAACGUGGUGUCCGACCCCUCCGCCGCGCCGCUCGCCCGCGCCUCCUCCACCGAGGUCCGCUACACUGCUGCCUUCAGCGACGAGAACCCCAACGCCUGCUCCGUGAUGUAAAUCCUUCCAUGGCGAACUAGCUGCGUCCAUGGAAGAAGAAGAAGAAAGAAGGCCAGGUGUUUUUGUUUCCUCUUGCACUAGUAGUGGUAGUAAUUUUUUCAGCUGUAAUAACGUUUUCUGCCUUAGCUAGGUGUUGGUGUGUUAGUAUUGGAGUUGGUGUUUACUUGCUCCCUGUGCUUGGUUUCUGAUGGAGAGCAGCAGUUGUAAAAUACUCCUAUGUUGUUUGGUAAGAUGGAUCUUCAAUCUUGUCUGGAAAGUUUGCAGAUCGGUUGGAGCGUUAGCAUGAUUCAUUUGGGGAGUGGG